GUGAAGGUCAAACUGACACUCAACUAGUAUGACGACGUAUAUGUCGCGUUUUGCCAAAUGAUCGACAGAGCUUCCUUUAAACCCCAACAAAGGAAGAUCGAGGUCUGCUAUAUUAGGAUUUCGUAGAUUUUCUAUUGUAAAAUGACAGAAGCAAGAAGCGAGCUAAAAAUUGUAUUACUUGGUAAAGAGAAUGGUGGCAAAUCGUGUUUGGUGGUCCGAUACCUUCACAAGCGAUACAACCCAGAAAAUGUUUCGACGACCAUAGGUGCAGGUUAUGGAAGUCACAGAGUCAUUGUAGAUGGUAAAACUGUAGUUCUGGGAAUAUGGGAUACUGCUGGUUCAGAGCGAUACAAUGCGAUGGCUCGGGUAUAUUACCGGAAUGCAAAAGCUGCUGUUGUUUGUUAUGAUCUUACCGACGAUACAAGCUUCGAAAGAGCAAAGUUUUGGAUCAACGAACUACGGAAGUACGAAGAGGGGUGUAAGGUUUAUUUGUGUGGAACAAAGCUUGACCUUGUACAGGACGAUCCAAGUUGUAGAAAAAUUUAUUCAGAAAUGGCAGAAAACUUGGGAUUGGAAAUCGGUUCGAAAACAUUCGAAACUUCAAGUAAAACAGGAGAAAACGUAGAAGAAUUCUUCUACGAGAUUGCAAAAGACAGUCUUAUGGUGGAAGCUGAGCAAGAGACGAGAAGAGAUCCUCUCGGGCCCGUGAAACUCUACACCCAUCAGAUGAUGAGACCAGAAAUAGAACUCGAGAUCUCAGAAGUGAGUGCAAACGAAGUCUUCUUGGUGGACAGAGGCAAGGCCAAAAAUCAAAUAAAAUUCAGAUGUUAGAGCUGUUAGUGAGGAUCACUGGAUCAAAAGAAAAAGUGCGCCAAUCAAAGCUCCUAAAACCACACUGAUUACCAAUAUUAUAAGCAAUGCCAUUAAUUUCUCGACUCAUACGUGCUCGAAUACCACCCAGGCCCAGUUUUGGCGUAGAUACUAUACGUGUAUUGAGAUUAGUGCCCAGCAAGAAUUGUACUCUCGAGCACCGUCCUCAGCAACCAAAUGCCAGUAUACACCUAGUGGUAAAGUGGCAAGUUAUAACAUAAUUUUUCACAUCACACUGAUUAUUGCGUCCUAAUAAUAUUGAUUUAUUAUAGAAGAAAACUUAAGAGUUUAAAAUCAUGCAUUUGUAAAUUCAUCUGUACUGGUAAAUAUCGUUAGUUCACUAUUUAUCAAAAUUGUAUUCAUUCAAAGUAUUGUUGGUGUUUUGUAUGCAACUGAUAGACGAACAAACAAAGAAUAAAAACAACCAAUAUCUGGUUGCUCGAAAGUAAGAUA